AUUUAUGCUCUCCUUAUUUCCGCUUGCACAUGUGUUUACUUGGUAAAUGUGGGCAUCCCACUGGUAGCUAAAAUAUAGCCGUUUUGUUUUACGUGAACUGUUUCUGUGGCUUUUAAAUCAUGGGGAAGCUGAAUGUGGUGAUAUUGAGAUAUUUAUCUCGCGAUGACUUCCGGGUCCUGACAGCAGUUGAGAUGGGGAUGAAGAACCAUGAGAUCGUUCCUGUCAGUCUUCUUUCCUCCAUCGCGAGCCUCAAACAUGGUGGCUGCAACAAAAUCCUCAGAGAACUCGUGAAGCACAAACUUGUAGUCUAUGAACGAACAAAGGCUGUGCAGGGCUACAGGUUAAACUAUGGAGGAUAUGACUAUCUGGCUCUGAAGACUUUGUGCUCCAGAGAAGUGAUACUUUCAGUUGGCAACCAGAUGGGUGUGGGCAAAGAGUCAGACAUAUAUAUUGUAGCAAGUCCAAAUGAGGAGCAAUACGCUCUGAAGCUGCACCGGCUGGGUCGUACCUCCUUCAGGAAUCUUAAGAACAAGAGGGAUUACCACCAACACAGGAGGAACAUGUCCUGGCUCUACCUCUCACGCCUCUCUGCCAUGAAGGAGUUUGCCUACAUGAAGGCUCUGUAUGACCGAGGCUUCCCUGUUCCCAAACCUGUGGACUAUAAUAGACACGCUGUAGUAAUGGAGCUCAUCAAUGGGUACCCUCUGUGUCAGGUGCAUGAGUUGCAGGACCCUUCAGCUCUCUACAGUGAGUUUAUGGACCUCAUAGUCAAACUGGCCAAUCAUGGCUUGAUUCAUGGAGACUUUAAUGAGUUCAACCUUAUGCUGGAUGACCAGGACCACAUAACUAUGAUCGACUUCCCUCAGAUGGUCUCAACGUCACACCCCAAUGCUGAAUGGUACUUUGACCGUGACGUGAAGUGCAUUAAAGAUUUUUUUGCCAAGAGGUUUAAUUAUGAAAGUGAGCUCUUUCCAACUUUCAAAGACAUCAGACGAUCUUUUUCUCUAGAUGUUGAAGUCUCCGCCAGUGGUUUCUCAAAAGAUCUGGAGAAGAAUGGUGAUUUACUACACCCAGCUGGGCCUGAAGAGGAGGAAGAAGAUGAAGAGGAAGGUGACAAUGAGUCAACAGAUGAUGAGGCAGAACAAGAGGAGGAGAGUCUGGACAUGGAGGAAUAUAAACAUGCAAUUCUCGAACUGGAGGGGCUGAAAGUCUGUGAAUCACAUGUAAAUACUGAAGAUCAGGAGGAGCAAAAGAGUAAUAAAACAAAAGAAGUCAUAAAUGAGGUGGUGUCCACAGCUGGAGGCGUUGGUGAAAUGGAGAAAGAGUUUGAGGAAGAGUUACAGGAAGUAGAGGAUGAGUGCCCGGAGCUGAUGUGCCUUUCUGCUUCCAACAAAGAAUUCAAACCUUUUUGGGACUCAGAUGGUCUUCAACACAUCGCAGAGCACCGAAGAAAAAGAACAGACAGUGAAAACACAGUGGGAAGCACCGGGAGCUGCUCCACCAUCCCACCAGAGGUCGUCCGUCAGAAAGUGAGACGACAGCUCACCAAACAGCAGAAGGCAGCACAGAGGAGGCGUCUGCAGAAGGGAGAGGCCAACCUGGUGACCAAAUCCAGAAGGGAAAACCAAAAUGCAAUCAAGUCCAGCGUGGAGAGCGCCUCCUUCUGGGGAUAAGCGAUGAAUUCAGCAGGACUGCAUUAAUGGACAGACCUGAUUCAGGCCGAACAUUCUACAGCGGACAGAACAAAGACACCAACAGAUCAGCGUUCACAGACUGAACAUUUUCUAAUUCAGCCUCUGGUCAUCUUUACACAAGGUCUAAUUAAAUAUUACCAGGUAUUAUAAAUCAUCAAUGGUAUGGUUUGUUUUUCUCUUAUCAGAACAGAAAAAAACACCCUGAAACUAUUUUGUUAUUUGUAUAAAAUAAAUCCUUAUGAAUCAAGUGAAAGUUGCUCAUUUCUUCACUAAACAAACACGAUGUAAUCAAUGCAAAAGUUGUAAAUAAACUUUCUAUAAUCAAAGUCA